AGAGCACAAGCAGUCUCUGCUCCUGCUUCAUCUGGUCGCUCCACGUGCGCGCUGGCUCCGAAAAGGCAGCGCUCUUGGCGACUAGCGUCCCCAUGCGUUUUUGCGCUUCCCCCACAACGGAAGCGCUUGGAAGAAAGGCGCUGUGCGGGUGGGCACGCCUCUUCCUCCCGCUUGAAAGGGCGAGGCGGGGUCGCGGCCGGUCCCCGUCCAGCAGCUGCCCCCGGCGUCGGGGACCAUGGCGUCCAGCCUGGCCGAGGACCUGCUGUGCCCGAUCUGCCUCUCCAUCUUCCAGGAGCCCCACCUGCUGGGCUGCGGCCACAACUUCUGCCUGCCGUGCAUCAAAAGCUGCGUCCCCGCCGGCCAGGACGCGGGGAGCUGCCCGGAGUGCCGCCGCCCCUUCGGGCUGCAGGAGCUGGUGUCCAACCGAGCGCUGGGCAACGUGGCCCAGAAAGUCCGCCUCAUGAAGCUGGACGGAGAGCCGCUGCCGGCAGCCGCCCGCGACUUCUGCGAGGAGCACGAGGAGCCGCUCAAGCUCUUCUGCCUCCAGGAUCGCGUCCUCAUCUGCGUGAUCUGCCGGGAUCUGCCCUGCCACCGGGGCCACAAGUUCCUGCCGAUCAAAAAUGCUGUGAAAUACGCGCAGUGUAAACUGAAGCCAAUUCUUAGAAACCUGGAGAAUUUACUAAAGACCAAUGGUGACGCCGAAUCUUAUCAGCUAGACGAAAUGUCAGACAUGGAGCAUUUCACUAAAUGCACCUUGAGUCACAUUUCCAGAGAGUUUGAGGCUCUCCACCAGAUCUUGCAUGAGAAGGAAGACAAUUUUAAGAAGAGAGUCCAGAAGAUAAGCGAGAGGAACCUGCAGGAUAUGCAAAAUAACAUAACAUACCUGAAAGACGAAGCAUCUUCAUAUACAGAGAUGAUUGCCAGCAUUAAAGCAGCAUUAGAAACCACAGACCAUGUGGCCUUCCUGAAGGGCUUCAAGCAAGUGAUGGAAGAAAAUGCGGAGGACGAGGGAGACAAUGGCGAAGAAGAGGCUGGAAUCGAGGAAGAGUGUAACAACGAUGAAUGCGAGGACAAUGACCUGGAAGAUAAUUCGGAUUUAUCCUUUGCCAUUGCGACGUCAGAGGCUGCAGCCCUCGAGGAAUUCGAGGCCUCGCUGGAUUUUGAUGCGUGGAAGAAAACUUUGCAAUCUAUUGAGCCCAGAGAGUGAUCCCACCUGCCUUGCAGAAGUGAGCCAUUGGGGGGGGGGGAGCUCCUGGUCCGGUCUUUACAGGCAAAAUGGCCUCCUGACUUUUAUACAUAGAUGGCCUUGUGCGGUUAUCUGCUUGGCUGCAAGUGAUUGCCUGCAACUGAACUAUAGUACUGACAGUGCUCUGGUUUGUUUAUUUAUUCUCUCCCCAACCACCA